UGCUCAGUGCUGGCUGCUAGGCGGGACUCGCAGCACAAAAGAUGUCUCCGGAGCUCGGACUGCGGGACUGACGGGAGUAACGGGGCGCGCACCGUGCGGGGGGAAACCACGAGCGGAUUACCGGGGCUCACACCAUGGGCAACGCGGAGAGCGUGGGGGGGACCCCGGGGGCCACUCUGUUACCGCUCAAAGUCCCCAUGCCGGAUCAGGGAGAACUGGAGGAGAGAUUCGCUCUGGUUCUGAGCUCCAUGAACCUUCCUCCAGAUAAAGCACGACUCCUGCGGCAAUAUGAUAACGAAAAGAAGUGGGAUCUUAUCUGUGACCAGGAGCGGUUUCAAGUGAAAAAUCCUCCACACACGUACAUCAUGAAGCUGCAAUCAUUUUUAGACCCUGGAGUCACACGAAAGAAGUUUAGAAGACGGGUCCAAGAAUCCACCAAAGUGCUGCGUGAGCUGGAAAUUUCUCUCCGGACAAAUCACAUAGGGUGGGUGCGGGAGUUUUUAAACGACGACAACAAAGGACUUGAUGUGCUUGUGGAAUAUCUGUCUUUUGCCCAAUGUGCGGUUAUGUUUGAUUUUGAGGGCCUGGAAAACGGGGAGGAUGGCUUGGUUGAAAAGUCCAAACCCUGGAGCAGAUCCAUCGAGGAUCUGCAGCACCCCAACGCCCUGCCUGCCCCUUUCGCCAACGGCCUCGCUCGCUCUGCCCGCCAGUCUGUGCUCCGCAGUUACAACACGUUACCCGGCAAAAAGGCUUUGAAGAACUCGCGGAUUGUCAGCCAGAAGGACGAUGUCCACGUGUGCAUUCUUUGCCUUCGGGCAAUCAUGAACUAUCAGUAUGGCUUCAACCUUGUUAUGUCUCAUCCCCACGCUGUAAAUGAAAUCGCUCUCAGCUUGAACAACAAGAAUCUUCGGACCAAAGCCCUGGUGCUGGAACUACUUGCUGCUGUGUGCCUCGUCCGAGGUGGUCAUGAAAUCAUCCUGUCUGCCUUUGAUAACUUCAAAGAGGUCUGCAAGGAGAAGCAUCGCUUUGAAAAGCUAAUGGAGUAUUUCCGGAAUGAAGACACCAACAUCGACUUCCUGGUUGCUUGCAUGCAGUUCAUUAACAUCGUUGUGCACUCUGUGGAAGACAUGAAUUUUCGAGUUCAUCUACAGUUUGAAUUCACAAAGUUGGGCCUUGAAGAGUUCUUGGAGAAGUCCAAGCACACGGAGAGCGAGAAAUUACAAGUGCAGAUUCAGGCCUAUCUGGACAAUGUGUUUGAUGUUGGAGGAUUGCUUGAGGAUGCCGAGACCAAGAAUGUCGCAUUGGAGAAGGUUGAGGAAUUGGAAGAGCAUUUAUCUCAUAUGACAGAAAAACUGCUGGACCUGGAGAAUGAGAACAUGAUGAGGGUAGCAGAGCUGGAGAAGACCCUUCUGCAAAGAGAGAAGGAUCUAGUUAUGAUGAAGGAAACCUAUGAAAACACCAGUCACCAGGUAAACACGCUCCGAAAGCUCAUCAAAGAGAAAGACGAGGCAUUCCAGCACCUCCGGCAGCUAGAGCAAGCCAACGCCUUUCAUCUGCAUAAACAAGGGCCCGCUGGCACCGUCCCUGCAACUCUCAUUGCCCCCAGCGCAGAAAUCCCCAUGGCUUCUGAAUUUCCACCUGCCCCAGCUCCUGUUAUGGCACCACCCCCACCACCACCACCUCCCCCGCCUCCACCACCGCCUCCACCACCACCUCCAAUGCCAAGCAAAUGUCCUCCACCACCUCCUUUACCGUCCUCCUCACCAUCUGUUAUUCUCACCAUGGGCUUAUCAGCGAUACGGAUAAAGAAGCCCAUUAAAACAAAAUUCCGUCUACCAGUUUUUAACUGGACAGCUCUGAAGCCCAAUCAGAUCAAUGGGACUGUUUUCAGUGACCUGGAUGAUGAGCGUAUAUUGCAGGACCUUGAUAUGGAUAAGUUUGAAGAAUUGUUCAAGACCAAAGCUCAGGGGGCUGCUAUUGAUCUGACAUGCUCAAAAAACAAAACAUCUCAGAAAAGUGUCAGCAAAGUGACUCUUUUGGAGGCAAACAGAGCUAAGAACCUUGCUAUUACUCUGAGGAAAGCAGGCCGGGCCACGGAGGAGAUUUGCAAAGCCAUCCAAACGUUUGACUUAAAAACACUACCUGUGGAUUUCGUGGAGUGCUUGGUGCGUUUCCUGCCAACAGAGGCUGAGGUGAAGCUACUGCGGCAGUAUGAGAGAGAGCGCAAGCCACUAGAUGACCUAUCUGAUGAGGACCGAUUCAUGAUGCACUUCAGUAAAGUGGAGCGACUGUCCCAGAGGAUGUCAAUUAUGACUUUCCUGGGUAACUUCAAUGAGAACCUGCAGCUGCUCACACCGCAACUAAAUGCCGUCAUUGCAGCCUCUGCUUCAGUGAAGUCUUCUCCAAAAUUGAAACAAAUGCUUGAGGUCAUCCUCGCACUGGGCAACUACAUGAAUAGCAGCAGAAGAGGAUCUGUAUAUGGAUUCAAACUACAGAGCUUGGAUCUACUUCAAGACACUAAGUCAACAGACCGAAAACUGACACUUUUAAACUACAUAGCGAUUAUUGCCAAGGAGAAAUAUCCUGAAGUGGCGACCUUCUGGACUGAGCUUCACUUUGUGGAGAAGGCAGCAGCAGUGUCACUAGAAAAUGUGUUACUGGAUGUCAAGGAGCUGGGGAGAGGAAUGGACCUGAUACGUAAGGAGAGCAGUCACCAUGACAACAGUGUCCUCAGAAACUUUGUUAGUGGAAAUGAAGGGAAAUUAGAUAAGUUGCAAAAGGACGCUAAGACUGCUGAGGAAGCAUAUGCAGCUGUGGUGCAUUAUUUUGGAGAAAAUCCAAAGACAACGCCUCCUUCUGUUUUCUUUCCAGUAUUUGCCCGUUUCAUCAAAUCAUACAAGGAAGCCGAGCAAGAGAAUGAGAUGCGCAAAAAACAGGAAGAAGUUCUCAGAGAAAAAAUGCUUGCUCAAGAAGCAAAGAAGUUGGAUCCAAAGUCUCCCGUCCAGAAAAACAAGAGACAACAGCAAGAUUUGAUUGCUGAGUUACGCCGGCGGCAGGCGAAAGAUCACCACCCGGUGUAUGAAGGAAAGGAUGGGGCCAUUGAGGACAUAAUCACAGACCUCCGCAAGCAGCCCUUCAGGCGUGCAGAUGCAGUACUCCGGAAUGCCUGGCGACGCAUCUAGUGCCUUUAUGGCAUGGCGUCCUAUGGAACUUUUCUGUGUUUCAUCAUUGCCCCAUUUUGGCUGUUACCAUUAGGAUGGACUGAGUGGAUCUCAGCACAGACAUCAUUCCACAGCACGUUUCAAGGGAAUUGAACAUGCCAGGACACUUCAAAAGUGCCUUAAAGCUACAGUAUUACAGAACUAUUUUUAAUUUCUUUUAUUAUUUAUAUAUUUUUUUACCAUUUUACUGUAAAUAUUUUUGUAAUGUUCUCUCGACCAAUCGUUUUUGGCCUCUGUGGAGGUACUGUUGGUUGCAAAAAUUGAAGAGGAAAAAAAAGGAAGUGCCUUGUAAGUGUUUAUAAAGUUUGUUGUUUUUUUAUGUAGUUGGGUAGUCAGAACUCUAAUAUAGUCUAAGGUUAACACUUUCCAUUAUGGAAAGUGCUGAUAAUGCAACAGUGAAACUUUUUCAGCAGAGAAAGAGUUAACAUAGUGAGACCUGUUUCUCUGUCUCUCUUAAAUUAAACAUUGUCGAGUGUUGACAGGGAAGGGAUGGGUCCAGAGAGAUUAAAAGAAGCCAUAUGCUAUGGAAGCAAGGUGAUUGCAGGAUAUGUGCCGGUACUGAGCUGUACCAGAUGUGAUAAGUGUAAACUCACGUGCAUUUUCUUUUUAAAAGGACUUUGAAACAUUGUACAUAAGGCUGUGAUUUAGUAGCGUAUAGCCACAAUGUCCCAUCCUUUGUAUAUGCGUAUUUUGCAAAAAUAUGGCAAGCCCAUUUUGGCCAUCUGUGACUGAUAUUCAUUCUAGUUAUGGGCAUGUAAAACAUGGAGCGCUUUGCAUGUACAGUUUUCUAGGGCUGUAUGGCACAGUGCAUUUAAGAAGUCUAUUUUUGACUGGCUAGCAGUUUGAACUCUAAGGAGAUCUGCAUUUCUCUGCAAGGAAAGGUUUAAACCUUUUGUCUUAAGCUUUUAUCCUGUCUAUCAGUACAGUCAUUGUUAUAUGCAGAGUUGGUCUCAGUAUAGCAGCCCGGAGUUUAGUAGAAUAGUUUGAGCUAAUGUGCAAUAUCACUUAGUAUAUUGAGCCAACGCUUGUCAAGAAUGCUGCCACGUUUACACUCCUUCAAAACUUUUUCAUGUUGGUAAUUUAUUUAUUUCAAAACAAGUGUGUAUAUAUAUAUCAAGGAUGGCUAAUUAAUGACCAGUUCCAUCUCAAGCAGCAAUUCCAAAAAGCUGCAGAGUGUUUUAGAGAUAUUGCUCCUUGAGCAGACAUUCCAGUUAGACACACAACUUACCCCACUCCCAGUUAGUACGACCCAUGCAAUCUGUGCACAUGCUUCCAGUGAAAACAGGAUCUCAGAUUUUACUCUUUCACCAGAAGCCUAUAUUACUAUUCAUUUCAGAUCUCUGUUUACUAAUAAAGUGCCAAAUAAGACCAAAUUCUGCAGUACCUUCCCCGACCGAUCCAUAUUGGUAAUAACUAGCGAAUGUUACCAGAAACCCCAGAUAUGUGGUGUGAUUUGUAAGACUGUGUAUGUCAAAUUGACCUGCACCUUUGUUUUUACUGCUGGUUAAAUGAGUUGUAAUAUUUAACUUAAGACGUGGACAGAUUUACUCCUCACUACAGGAAACCGGCUUAGUACUGGCAGUAGUUAGGUGUGCUGUUCAUACUGUUUUUAUGCUUUUUAUUUUUUUUAAACAAAUAUGGAGACAAAGGGUGAGCACCCCUGUUACCAGCCAGGUGACCUUAUUUAAGAGUAUAAGUUGCAAGCCUUCUCAGCUUGUAACUUUCACCCCAGUGCCUUUACUACUUGUGAAUAUGACCUCACUCCUUGUUCUUACUUUAAAACUAGACCAAAACACAAUGCAACUAUGGAUUACCGUUUGUAUUCUUGUAUGCAAUGCAAAUAAUUACCUGUGCUUUCAUUUAUUUACUUCCCCCUAAACCAGUCCCUCUAUCAUGUGCAGUCAUGCACCUUAUUCACUAUUCGUUUAAAAAAUACACUACAAUAUCAUCCAUUUAGUUGGGUAAAAUCUUUGAUUCCAGCAGCAGUUCCCCUAUACUGGCCUUUUGGAUUUUUAAAAGACAACUUUGUUUUUAUUUGUAAUAAUUUUAUGUCUCUGUAUUUUUUUAAUCACUUAUAUUUAACAGACGUUCAUCUGGCCCAAACUGCUGCAAACCCUGACAUUGUUACUUAUUAUGGUUAAGCAACAUGCCAGGCUGGCACAAGAUGCCACAUAUUGUGGACACAGUAUUAAUGGCUUUAUUGUUUGACACAGAAUCAGAUGUCUGUCUCUUGGGUAUGCUUCAUUUUUUUUCUUUCAAUUUAUCUAUUCCAGUUUAUCAGCCAGUUUAACGUGUAAUUAUUCCAUUGUAUCAUUCAUGUAUGAAACAAUAACUUGUGCAUGUAAAACACAUUCCUACCCUCCAACAAUGCCACGGUAAACUCACUGCACAUCCUAUUUGCACCGCGGUGACUUGUAUUAUCGCUGGCAUUGGAGGAGGUAACGUGCCUUUUCUCAGUGUAUUAAUCUUGUACAGUAUAUUAUUAUUUUUUAAUCGAAAGAAGCCAGUACUUGUUUGCUACAGGUCAUGCUUUCAGAUU